GGGCCCCGCGCGAGGAGGGCGCGGCCCGGGGUCUGUGCCCACCGUUGCUGUGCGGGCAAAAUCUGGAGGCUGCGGCUGGCUGCUCUCUGGCGGUGGCAGGGGGGGACCCCAGGGGUGUCGAUGAGGCUUUCUUGCUGGCAGGGGUCCUAGUGGGUAUUCAGGAGCGUUAACUGUGGGUAAAACAAGUGGGCACGGGGUGGGACACGAAGGUCCAGCCUCUCUCUCUCUCUCUCUUUUUCCGAGGUAGGAUCUCACUCUAGCUCAGGCUGACCUGGAAUUCACUAUGUAGUCUCAGGGUGGCCUCGAACUCACGAUGAUCCACCCACCCCUGCCUCCGGAGUGCUGGGAUUAAAGGCGUGCGCCACCACGCCCGGCCCAGCCUCUUUUUGGACUAAAACCAGCUGAGGGACAGGCUUCGACCCUCUGUUGAUUUGGGGUCCGUUCCAAUUUGCAUAUUUUGCGUAUGAGAACUUAAGAGUUCAGGUGAGCAGGGACCGCCUGAGCUGUCUGCAUAGACUGCUGAUGCGCCGCUCCUAGCGCUUAGCUGGGGAGAGGGACUUGCAGAGCCGGGCUCUACCCCGCCGGGGAGGUCUGUCCGCAUCCCCUCUGCUCCAUGAUCUGGGGGAAGGAAUGCCUUUCUCUCACCACGACCUUUGGAGCCGGUGGGAAAACCUUUCCUUUUAACCAGAAAGCCCUCAUUUACCGAGGCUCCACCAAGUAGUCUUGCUUCCUUCUCCGUGAACUUAUCCCCAAGUUUGGACUCUCAAAGCCGAGCCAGGAUGGCGGCGUCAGCUACCAGCCCCGUUUCACAUCUCGGGCCAGAGGAUUUGUUGAGUGAUUCAUCAGAGCACCCUGGGCUGAACCAGGUGUCCUCUGAGGUGACCUCCCAGCUCUAUACUUCUUUGCACCUCAGCCGUCAGGCGGAGGCCACAGCCAGAGCCCAGCUGUACUUAUCCUCCACCUCCCCCCCUCCUAAUGAAGCUUUAGACGGCUUGGCCCAAGAGCUGAGCCACGGUUUGGCUGUUGGACUGGAGAACAACUUGAAGAAAAAGGAUGGGUCUAAGCAUAUUUUUGAGAUGGAAAGUGUUCGAGGUCAGCUCCAGACCAUACUCCAUACCUCACGGGAGCCCCUCACUUCGCGAGCUGGCUCAGAGCGGCGGGAGGAGGACUCCUUUGACAGUGACAGCACGGCCACCUUGCUCAACACCAGGCCCCUACAAGACUUUUCUCCAUCCAGCUCAGCCCAGGCCCUGGAGGAUUUGUUUCCCCGCUACACUAGCCUUCGGCCAGGACCCCCACUAAAUCCCCCAGAUUUUCAGGGGCUGAAAGAUGCACUGGACUCAGAGCAUACCCGUCGCAAGCAUUGUGAGCACCACAUUCAGAGUCUGCAGACCCGAGCACUGGAGUUGCAGCAACAGCUAGCUGUGGCUGUGGCUGCUGACCGCAAGAAGGACAUCAUGAUUGAACAACUGGACAAGACCCUGGCCCGAGUUGUGGAAGGCUGGAACCGGCACGAGGCGGAGCGUACAGAGGUAUUGCGGGGACUUCAGGAGGAACGCCAGGCAGCAGAACUCACCAGAAGCAAGCAGCAGGAGACAGUAGCCCGCCUGGAACAAAGCCUUUCUGAGGCCUUGGAAGCUCUGAAUCGUGAGCAGGAAGCUGCCAGACUGCAGCAGCGGGAAAGAGAAGCACUGGAAGGGGAAAGGCAGGCACUGACCUUGAGCUUGGAGGUGGAGCAGCAGCGGUGCAAUGCUCUGCAAGAAGAGCGGGACGAAGCUAGGGCUGGGCAGCUCAGUGAGCGCCGCAAGGUGGAGAGCCUUCAGGCCGCCCUGGAAGAAGAGCGGCAGGCCUGGGCCCAGCAGGAGCGCCAGCUGAAGGAGCGCCACCAAGCGCUGCAGGACGAGAGCCAUGCUCAGCUGGAAAGGGAGAAGGGGAACAGUCAGAGGGAGGCGCAGGCAGCCCGGGAGGCCCAGCAGCAGUUGAUGCUGUUGCAGUCUGAGCUGCGGCGGCUGGAAGGGGAACUGGACACGGUUCGGAGAGAGAGAGAUGCGCUACAGCUGGAAAUGAGCUUGGUUCAGGCCCAAUACGAGAGCCAGCGGGUGCAGAUGGAGUCGGAGCUGGCGGUGCAGCUGGAGCAGCGGGUGACCGAGCGGCUGGCCGAGGCACAGGAGAGCAGCCUGCGGCAGGCGGCCUCCCUGCGGGACAACCACAGAAAGCAGCUGCAGGAGCUCAGUGGGCAACACCAGCAGGAACUGGCUGCCCAGUUGGCUGAAUUCGAGGUGGAGAUGGCCAAACGAGAGGAGCGUCAGCAGCAAGUGGCUCAGGACUAUGAGCUCAGACUGGCCCGAGAGCAGGCUCGAGUGCGGGAGCUGAAGAGCAGCAACCAACAGCUGGAGGAGCAGCGGGUGGAGCUGGUAGGAAGGCUCCAGGCCAUGCUGCAGGCUCACUGGGAUGAGGCCAACCAGCUGCUUAGUACCACGCGCCCGCCUCCCAACCCUCAGGCUCCUCCAGCUGAGCCCUCUAGUCCUGGGCCUCCUGAGCCAGAGAAUGGGGAGAGGAAGAUCUGGACCAUGCCUCCUGUGGCUGUGGCUCUGAAACCUGUGUCACAGCAAAGCCGAGAAACCAGGGUGGAGCUCCCUGGAGUGCCUCCUGGUCUCUGCAGCUCCUCCUCGGAUCUUAGCUUCCUGCUGGGGCCUCCUUUCCAGAGCCAGAACUCCUUCCAGCCCUUGGAGCCCAGACCUGACCUCACUCUGCCCACAGCUAGACCCUUCUCUGCCCUUGAGGGCUUUGAUGCUGAUCACAGGGCUGAGCGGCCGUUCCCUGAGGAAGACCCUGGAUCUGAUGGGGAAGGCUUCCCAAAGCCAGGGCUGCCACCAGCUUCUCAGCUUGAAGGCCUCAAGAAUUUUUUGCAGCAGCUGCUGGAGACAGCACCCCAGAGCCAUGAGAGCACCUCUGUUGACUUGUUGCCCUCUAAAUCUGGUCCUCGAACUGUCCCAUCUUGGGAGGAAACCCCUCAGAUACCGCGUCUCCCACCUCCUGUCCAUAAAACUAAAGUCCCUUUAGCCAUGGCAUCUAGUCUUUUCCGAGUCCAUGAGCUUCCCUCAUCACAUUCUCAAGAAUUCUCAACAGAGAGAGGUGGCCUCAGCCCCCCAAGGCAGCUCAUGGAGGUGUCUGAGCUGUUACGUUUGUACCAAGCUCGAGGCUGGGGUGCUCUGCCUGCUGAGGACCUGUUGAUGUACCUGAAGAGGCUGGAACACAGCGGGACUGAUGGCCAAGGGGACACUGUUCCCAGAAGAAACACAGACUCCCGCUUGGGUGAGAUCCCCCGGAAAGAGCCCCCCUCCCAGGCUGUCCCUCGCCGCCUCGCUUCAGCCCCUAAGACUGAAAAACCUGCGCGGAAGAAAAGCGGGCACCCUGCCCCCAGCGGUGUGAGGGGUCGAGGUGGGGUCUGGAGAUGAGCCCUGCCCUUCCUCCUCUGUUGUGGCCUUCCUUCUCGUCUGGUUUUUAUUCGAAAUGUGCAGUUAGUCCAUAUCAGAGGAAUUGGGAAAAUACAGAUUUUUGUAGGAAGCUACUUUGUUAAAAAAAACCCUCAUUCUAUUUUGAUAUAUUUUUUUUAAAUAAAUGUUAUUUCCUGUGGGAAAAAGACAUGAAUGUUGAGACUGGUGUGUGAUUAGGUUUCAGAAGUCUGAGUGAGUAAAGUUCAGUGUUUGCAGAGUAAAACCUUUAAAGUGAUUAGCUCUGGUUAGUAGUAGAAUUAUGAGUAUCUCCUAUUUUCUUUCUUGUACAUUGUGCAUUUUCCAUGUUUUCUAAACAAGUACGUAUUUAAUAAUCAACAAGCCCAAAAUUUUAAUAAAAAUGUAAGUUACUC